UUUCAGCCUUCCAAAAUGCGUGCUAGACGUCUCCGUCGUGAUGCUCCAGAAGUCCCAAUUCUUCCAACAUAUGAACUUGUUCUUAGUCCCGAGGAAGAAGCACGUGCCACGACAAAAACUUUGGAGAAUAUUGAAAAAGGUUCAAAGCUGAUGCUCAAAUGCACAAUGGCUCAGGAACACUUUGAGAAUUUGGUCUUUCGAUCCAAUAACGUUGAAAUUGGAGAGAGCAGUGGACAGAGCAAAACUUUAACGAUUAAUUCAUUUUCCCUCAGUCAUACGGGUAUGUAUGAAUGUGGGGCGACAAGGAAGAAGGAUGGAAAGUAUCAUUCAAGACAAAUGAGAGUGAAGUCUAAGAGAGAAAUAAACAGCGAUCUACCCCCUUGCUCAUCGGAAUUUGACGGGAUCUGUGGAACCAAUGGUAUAUGCCUCAUGGAUGGCUCCAGACAGAUUUGCCACUGUGACAUUGGAUAUAUGGGCGAGACAUGCGACAAAGUGCUCAUGGGUGCAUAUGAUGUCAAACUCCUGAAAGUUGUCGGUGGAACAACUACAUCUCUGAACCUUGUCUGCAUCAUCAUCGCCAUCCUUUUUGCCCUUUUAUACUUCAAAGAACGAAAAUCAGUGAGACGGUUGCGUCGAGAAUUCGGGAAAGCAGCAGAGGAAUGUGAGAUGGAACAUGCGAUUUACAAAGAGACAACAACCACUACAACAUCUAAUUCACAUGAGACAACAAAUGAGGGGAAUACGCCAGGUUUCGCCAGGAAUAGCAUUAGGAAAAUGAGAUUAGCACUUAAUAGAGUGAGUCUGAAAAUGUGAAAUUCGAAUUUAUAAAAAUUAUUGAUCCGAUUUGGAAUAUGAAUUGUUCUCAAUUGUAUUUUGCUCUGAAUUUCCAAAAAUUUGGAAAAUUGAAACAUUUGAAUCAGAUUUUCAGAAAUCAGAUUUUCAGAAAAAGGAUCUGGCGCUAAAUACAACAUUUAAUUUUAAAAGUAUAUUUUUGUCUUAAAACGGAAGGUCGUUAAAAAUUUUUGAACUAGUGAGUUUUGAAUGUUGCACCAAUCUAAAAAAAAUCGGGUCAAAAUUUUUUUGAAAAAAAUCUGGCGGGAAUUUUUGUUUCCAACAUUUUUUCCCAAAAUCUUUGAAGAAAAAUUAAAAUUUAAAGUAAAAAUUUCAAUUAUAAAUAAACGUUUCAAAGAAAAAAAAUGUCAGAAUAGAAAAGUUGUAGUUCAAAUUUACCAAAAAUCUUUAGAGCGUUUCAAGAGAGAUUUAAGUUUAACAUUUCUGAAAAGUUUUGUGCGAAAUUCAAAUUCUAUUAUUACAGAGCCUUGGGCGUGAAAUUUAAAUUUUAGUCUUUCAAAAAAAAAUUCUUCGACGCGAAAUUCAGAAAACUAGCAGUUAAAUUGAACAAAAUGCACUUACAUACAUUCAAAUAAUCUGGCAAACAAUUCAAGUUUGCUAUUUUUCUUAAUUUUGCGCUAAAUUCAAAUUUUCACUUACUGUAUGCAAACAAAACCUUGCUCUGUUCACCUGAUCUCAUAUAAACUCUAGAAAUAUUUCAGGCUCGUCUAAACGGAACAUCAGAUUCAAAACUGCUCGAAAAAUGAGCAUUGUUCCCGCUGUGUAGUUGUAAAAAGUGAUGACGAUCUCUAUCAAUAAUAACUCUCAAUCAAAGUGCAAACAAUACGAAAGAGGCAUAAAAACGGAUAAAUUAUUAUUAUUUCCUCUUUUAAAUGAGAGAGCGCGUGCACAAAUACAUGAUUCCCCAUAUCUCAAUCAAAAUCCCCAUUUCACCCGGUGUAAUAAUAAAGUUUUUGAUAUCUU